AUGACCGCAGCUGCGACCGUUAAACUAUACCGACUUCGUGUGGCCGAACCUCGACGCUAUACGACACGCCCAGCCCAACGACCACGAUGGCCGCGGGCUCCUCGAAGGCUUCGGAACCAGCUGUGGCCUAAGAUGCAGUUGCUCAUGCAAGUCAAGCCGACAAGAAUCUACGGGAACCCUACCGCUUGGUGUAACGACAUGUUGUCCAUCGAGUUCCUUCGACACCACUUUGGCUCGCGCGAAGACAUGGACAAGCGAGUAUUGAUGGCCUGGGACUCCUUCUCUGGUCACUUGACGGCAGGUGUCGAAGCCUAA